CUCAAAGGUUCGUGUGAUCUUGUCAGGGGUGCUGAUCAAGUCUAUCAGCAGAUGUCUCUGAACUGGCCCAGUAAAUCAGGGGACGUGAUUCUCAUACUUACCUGGCUUAUGAUUCUCGCUAUUGUCCUUUGAUUCCAGCCAGUGCCUUUUGCGCGCGCUCUGUUGAAGGAGACCUCUGACGCCCUUGCCCGACAUGGCACUUCCACCCUUUCUCCUUCUUGUCUUUCUCGCCUUUCUUGGAUCGGCUGCAGCCGAUGCUGAGCAUAACUCUUUCCAAAUUAUCAAUCUUAGCUCACUACCGGUACUUUCUGCAGGUUGUGUCGCGGCUUUGACAAACAACAUAACUUGCAGCUUCAUUGAAGUUGGUGGUUCGCUUUAUCAACAGACGGAGAACCUGACAACCCAAUAUCUUGACCAGCUCUGCACCUCCGAGUGUGCAGACUCUAUCUUUGACUACAGGGCUAAUGUCCUCGAAGCAUGCGAUAAUGACGUGUACAAUGACACAAGCAAUGCAACUCAAUACCAGUCUGCUUCGGGAGGAGCCUAUUCUCCGAUUGUGCUCCCUGACUACUACUUCACCAACUACAGACAGAGAUGCACAAAAGAUAGUUCUGGUGGUUAUUGCUACCAGCAUCUUCUCAGCAGUAACACACAAGACGAGUGCGACGAGUGUGGUCUGAAGAUGUUUCGAGCGGAAUUGGAGAAUGGCUACUUCUACAAUGAAGCUCUUGCAUCGGAUUACUCGUCGCUCACCUCAAGCUGCAGCGUCACCAACCUGCCUUUCACAUCUCCUCCGUCCGUAGUCAUCGCAAGUAACACUGCGGCCAGCCCGUCACCAACUUGUGCAGGAAGAUUAGUCGAUAUUCCAUCUGGGAGCACCUGCGAUGCUGUUGCUGCAGCGAACAAUAUCAGUACCUGGCAGCUGCUGUCCACCAACGGCCUAAUCGGAGGCUGCGUCGACUUUCCCACGUCCGGCGCCCUAUGUGUCUCCGGAACCUGUAAAACACACAAAGUGGAGCCGGGUGAGGAUUGUCUGCAGCUCGUGUACCAGUUCGGUAUGACCAUUACCCAAUUGCGAACUUGGAAUCCCAAUCUAAGUCCGGACUGUGGGAACUUCGACACUGUGGUGGGACAUCAAAUUUGUGUGUCUAAUCCGAGCAACUUCACUAUGCCUACCAAUACGAGAGCUCUUUCUACGACUGCUCCCACAGUUGCUGCAAGUGUACCUACUGACAUUGUCGAUGGAACGAACCUCAACUGUGGUCAAUAUUAUCAUAUAAAUGAGGGCGACACUUGCGCACAUAUCUCUGUCGCAAAAGCCAUUAGUCUCGACGAUUUCUAUUUCCUGAAUCCUGAAAUCAACAGUAAUUGCACCAAUCUGUACCUAAACUACAGCUACUGCGUACAGCCUGUGGGCGAUAUUUCGAGCUACGCCGGCUACGGCAUCGGCGCGGUAACCUCAGGAGUGACAGAAGUCUCGAGCACGAAGGUCACUGGAACACCCACUGCAUUCGACACGUUGCCAGAUGCCACCAUGGCAACUCUGAACGUAGAGCCGACCUCAGGUUACCUCUUUGCUCUUGCUAACGGUACCCGAGGCGACUGUGAAGAGUACACCGACAACAUCUACGGCGCUGUCGACUGCGCUUAUAUCAACCCUGGUGUUGCGACGACCGAUCUUACCAGCUGGAAUCCCUCCUUGAGUCCCUAUAGCUGUACACUGGUCAACGAGACGAGAUAUUGCACCAUUCUUGGCGAUGCCUAUGUCUACGCUAACUACACAGAGGACACGCCUUAUACACCUGGGCCAGCGAAUGCAGCGAAGAGCUCGACAGCAAGUUGCUAUUCAUGGUAUUCAGUUCAAUCAGGAGACAAUUGUUCAUCAAUAGAAGCAGAGUUCGGCAUCAAUCUGGCUCAGUUCUAUCACUGGAAUCCCAGUAUCAAUCAAGACUGCACGGGUCUUCAGGAAGUAGCCGCCUAUUGUGUACUCGGUGAGGAUCUUCCCGAGGGAAGUCCUCCUGGCCCAACCCAAGUUGGCAUUGCUUCCGAUUGUCAGGACUACUACGUUGUCGAAAGUGGGGACGGUUGUCAGUCCAUCGCAGAUGCUUCGCAGAUCACUGUUACCCAGUUGGAAGCUUGGAAUCCUGCGAUCGGGUCCGAUUGCAAGAACCUCCAGCCAGGUUAUGCACUUUGUGUUGGCACGAAAAGCUCUGCCAUAACGACCAGUAGUAAAAGUAGCGCAACUGCGACUCAAACCUGCGCCACUGCCCCGGGUCCGACACAGUCUGGCAUCGCCUGUCAAUGUACCAAAUUUGUGCAACAGAAAGAUGGACAUUACUGUGGUGAUCUCGCUUCCGAGAACGACAUCACUUUGGAUCAAUUCUAUAAGCUUAAUCCUGGAGUUGGAGACAAUUGCCAGUUCUUGGUCGCUGGGAAUUGGUACUGUGUGGCGUCUCCCUCUUCAACGGCACCCUCAACUAGCAAGAACCCAACGUCACCCACCAGCAGCAAAGCGCCGACUCAGACAUGUGCUGCUGCACCUGGCCCUGCACAGACUGGCAUGCCUUGCGACUGCUCUAGAUAUGUUCAGCAGACAAAUGGCAAGUAUUGCGGUGAUCUCGCUUCCGAUGCUGGGAUCACUUUGGAUCAGUUCUACAAGCUCAAUCCUGCGGUCGGAAACAGCUGUCAAUACCUGGUAGGAGGAGACUAUUACUGCGUGGCGACUUCGUCAGCAACAAAGCCUACCUCCACGAGCAAAGCGGCUUCUCCAACAUGCGCCACUGCCCCAGGACCAACCCAAACCGGCGUGCCUUGUGGCUGCACAAAGUUCAUUCAGCAGACAACUGGCAAAUACUGCGGUGACCUCGCCUCGUCUGCCAGCAUCACUCUCGAUCAGUUCUACGCCUGGAACCCUGCCGUUGGCACAUCUUGCCAAUUUCUCGCAGCCGGAAAUUACUACUGUGUCGCCGCACCGGCUUGUGUGAAAGCGCCCGGUCCGUCUCAGUCCGGUAUGCCUUGCUACUGCAAGCAGUUUGUGCAGCAGACCAGCGGGAAGUAUUGCGGUGAUUUGGCUGGUGAUAACGGGAUCACCCUGACGCAGUUUUACGCCUGGAAUCCUGCUGUCGGGGAUGAGUGUCAGUAUCUGGUUGGUGGAGACUAUUACUGUGUCAGUGCCUAGAGGGGUACAAGGCGUGAUGGAUCAUGUGCGUCAGGUUUAGUUUGCACUUCUUAGUCCUCUAUCAGAUUCGCUAAGGUCACCUAAAGAGCAUGCCGCAUAUUUAAACUUAUGUGUAAAUCUGGGCAUUGGAAGAGUGGAUGACUAUGGAGAGCAGGCAACCAAGGCACUAGCUUUGCUAUGUUCGCACAUGAUAGGUCAGUGCACACGUGGUGGCUACUCUCACACUUUGCUAUAUCGAUGACCCGAAUUAAAGCGCUCGAUACACUUAGUCCAUGAAAUCAAAUCGAGAGAAAUACUGG